AUGAAGCCAAUUAUUGGCAUCCUCGCCGUCGCUGGACUUGUGUAUCGUGCGGCUUCUCGCAAGUCACUCACGCCGCUCGGCCUCGUCGUCGCCGGUGUGUCAGCGACCGCGCACGCGCUCCAUCCAUGGUCAACCCCCUUUGCGUUGCUGGCAGUCUUCUACUACGGCGGAACGAAGGCCACUAAGGUCAAACACGAAAUCAAAGCCCAGAAAACACUCUCAGCGACUGGGUCAGAAGGCGGCGAGGGUCCCCGCAAUCAUAUUCAGGUUCUCGCGAACUCCGUUGUGGCGACUGCUCUUAGCGUGGCCCAUGCUCUUGUCCUAGCUAGAAGCUCUACGGAGACUUGCUUCUCCUUCGGCCAGAACCCCGCAGAUAUUCUAAUGGUCGGUGUUGUUGCAAACUACGCCGCUGUUGCCGCCGACACCUUCUCCUCCGAACUUGGCAUACUUUCUAAAUCGAAGCCCCGUCUUAUUACCUCCCUUACACUUCGCGAGGUUCCCCCGGGUACGAAUGGCGGCGUUACCGCAGCUGGUCUUGGAGCGGGCCUGUUGGGAUCGUUCUCAAUCGCCUUGACAUCUGCACUCGUUCUUCCAUUUUGCCCAGGGAAGUCCGGAAUUCAAGAACGUGCAAUGUGGACUGUUGCCGUGACGUUAUGUGGUCUUCUGGGAAGCAUCCUGGACAGCGUGCUGGGUGGUCUUCUGCAAGCUAGCGUUGUGGACAAGAGAACCGGCAAGGUUGUGGAAGGCAGCGGGGGUAGAAAGGUUCUACUUCACCCCGGAUCUACAAGGCCAGGAAGCAUAUCUAGCGAUCCUCAUUCUGCCAGUACGACGGGUAGCUCUGAGAUUCGCAACACCGAGACAGUUGCCAACACUGCGAUCCUGCGAGGUACCCGCGCAACUGGCACCUCAGCGGGAACUCAGGCCGGUCGCCCUCAUGAAGAGAGUCAUGAAAGUCGACGCAUUGAAACUGGCCAUGACUGGUUAGACAAUAAUGGCGUGAAUCUCUUGAUGGCAUUUUUAAUGAGCGCUGGAGCCAUGGGUUUCUCGCAAUGGUUUUGGGGUGUUGAUAUCCGGGAGCUGUGGGCUUGA